AUGGAUCCGCUUAGUUUUGAUCGAAGUCCCCUUGACUCGGCAGUCGGUGAUCCUCUAAUCGAGAACGAACUGCUAUCCACCGGCUCGGCAGAUCGGCUGACCAGUUCCUUGCCUUCCAGUUCGCCAUUGUUGCUAAGCAUGUUGCCGACAUCAACGCCAACACAAACUGCAAAUCCAUCGUGUGGACUAACCCUCUCGGCAACAACAGCGCUGGACUUGCUUCAUCAAUUUCACCAACAAAUGCAAAAACAAAUGAACUCUCCCGGGUUUCCGUCCUCGCUUCAAUCGACCACACUGCCCUCUUAUCCCUCGGUUCUGCCGCCGUCAGUGCCGUUUCCACGGGCAGCCUCACCUCCGCUUUCGGCCUCCAACCCUCUGCUGGAUCACUUUAAUCCAUCUUCAAUUUCCGUAGCCCGAACAACAUCAGGUCUACACAUCCUUACGCCCCACCCGACGAAUCUCCUACCACAGCCAAGCCUGGCUACUGUCGGUCCAUGUCUGCCCUUCUCGCCCGAUGCCCAGACGUACAUCGGGCGAAAUUCUACAAAAUUCCAUGACCUUCUGCCUCAAAAGUCCGCAUCCUUACUGCCCCAGCAACUAAAUGCUGGGCUAUUCGAACCCGGUCACCUGGAGACUGACUUCAGCAAAAGUCUGCAGUCAGUUGCUGACAGUCUGUCUUGUAAGUCUGUCUCCAGCACAGCCAGUCCGAUGCCCACCAACACUGAGGCCUUUGAAUGCCAGUCGACUUUUGCCAGUCUCCUGACAUGUGAUACAUUUUUGCCCGGCCGUCAAGGCCGGUUUCUGGACGUUUCAGUCGAUGAAACAGACAAACUGUCCAUCCCGCAGGAGGCUGGUGUCAGCCUCGAGACGUCUGCCAGCACGUCGCACUGGAUGCCCCAGAACCCGGCGGCUCCACAGGGUUGCGAUGGGAUGGACUUGCCGAACGAGGGAGUCUAUGACCUCAGUGUCGGGCUUGAUCGGUCCGUUGGGCAAGUUGGGGCGCCAUCGUCCAUGGUGAGAGAUGAAACGGACAAACAUGCCGGACGACGCCUCAGACAGACCUCGAACAACCUAGCGAAACCUAUCGAACUGCCGAGCAGAAUGAAGCGACUUCUGCGUGUCCGCAUACCCUCGUCUUCGGGCUCCGAAAAACCGACCAUCUUGUCAAAUAGCUCGGCUGGUGGGCGACAGACAGGUGAGUUAAGGUUACCGGUUAAUCAUUCUGCCAAUAUAUAG